AUGGCUUACCAAACCAACUUUCAUCAAACGCAACCGUUUGCCGUCGCUCUUGGUCGGUGGUGGUCACGUCCAAUGCUGACUAUCCCACCAUCUAGUGAACGUAGUUGCACUAAAAAAGAAUGUGCGGCUAUGUGUGCACCCUGCUUUGGCGCCUUACUCACCGUUGUCGGCGUGUACUUAAUCUUUCUGCUCAACGACAAAGCUCAACUCCACGCCAAAAUCUCCCUCCAGUCCCUCGCCGUCUCCUCCGCAAUGUGGCAAGGCGAUUUUCUCGUGAAAAUCCCGAGCUCGAGGUAUUAUAUCUACUAUGACGUCGAUGAGGCUGCCGUGAGGCUAGGUUCUUUAAACGCCGCCGUUUUGAACAUCACUAGUGAACGUGUUUCUAGGGAUGACACGUCUUUCUCGUUGGUUUUCGUUGCUGAGGAGGGAAGCGGAAGCGACGACGUUUCUGGAGAGCUUGAGAUCAAACUCAUGGCGAAGCAUAAGCGUUACGUGGAUAAUGAUGAAGCUGGACACUUUAAUAUUCGGUGCCACAAUCUGACUUGCGAAUCCUCUUUUACAGGUUUUAAGUUGUUCUCUUUAAUAAGAGAACGUGGGACAGCAAUUGAAUAA